AUGUUUGCGCGUCAAGCAGAGUAUCUCAUGGAGGCCGAUUCAGAUGGAAAGUACCGCUUCAGGCUCCUCUCCCUCUCCAGGAGUAGCCCCUCGAGAGAAAACGGCAAGUUUUCAGGGCAAUCCAUUCCGGAGCACUGGAAGAGUAAACCGGCGCAAAGUAACACCAUCCCAAGCAAUACCACCCCAUCAGCAGCGCCCAGCAUCCCCGCAGAACCCCCACCUCCUGAGAGCGUGCAGAUCGACAAGUCACUUGUGCCUAUUCACAGCCCCGUCAUUCAAGAGCAGCAGGUAAUGCAGGCUGCUCUGCCGCAUCCAUCUGCGGAAUUUCAUCUCGUCAGGGAGUAUUCGUCAUCUGUACUCUUUGAAAACCUCCUCAGUCACUUCUCUUCGCAGGUCGUACCUCGAUUGACUUGGAUCGACCUAUCAGAGCAUCCUUGGCGUAGCAUUAUUCUCUCUUUGGCCCAAGACUGCCUCUCAUUGCGCCUGUCAAUCGGAUGCCUCGCGGCUGCCCACUUGUCCACUACCUCACUCGCGGCCAGCACUCAGCAAGCUCAUCUGCUCCAAAUGCGCAACUGGUUCCGCGAUGCUUGUCUCCGGAUCCUCAACAGCAUGAUGCGACAAGAACUGCAGACAGAUCAGCCGGUAGUCUCACUGAAUCAAUACCGGCAGAACUCCAAGAUUGUCCAAGUUCUAGCCACGAUGCUUGUGUUGUGUUAUUCCGGCGCCGUUGUUCCAGGUUCAACCGACUGGGCUCUUCACUUGGGUGCUUGUCGCACUGUUAUUGAUACGUAUCAGUUACGGAACUCUGAACAGACACCGACAGACCCAAUAGAACGCUUCUUGCUGAAAGAAGUGGCCGAUCUCGAGACGCUCAGCAGCAUCUCCGUCUUCAACAGACGCCCAUUAUUGGAUGCAGACCCAUCUCUACAAGCCACACAUAGCAACUCUUUCUGGUCUUUUACUGAUCUGAUUAAUGAGAUCACCGUAGUGGAAAGAACGCGGCAUGCUCAGCAGUCCCCUCCCCCUCCAGAUAUGCCUUACUGGCACAGUCGAGCUGAGCAGGCGUACCAGACUGUCCUGACAAACAUUACUCAAAUCACCAACCAACAUCAGCAAACCUCGCAAUAUCGAUUAGAAUCGGCUUUGCGCUCACACUAUUACGCCAAUAUUAUCUACAGCUACCAGGCUUUUGAGACACCGCGGGAUGUCCUGGCUGAAGAGACUGUCAAUCAUCUACUAAAUCUACUAUUCAACGAUCUCGAAUCCACCUUGUCUGGACCAGUGCAUGAGUACACACACACAAUCUUUUUUCCGCUUCUGAUUGCUGGCACAGAGUGUCGUGGCGAUGAACAAAGGCAAGCCUUGAUAGGGAAGCUCUUUAUGGACUCCCUUACAAAGACGGGCAUGUGGUUUAAUCACACCGCAUUGAAGUUUUUGCAUUCGUUCUGGGAACGGGCGAAUGAUGACAAAAGCAAGAGCUGGAUACAUUAUGCCCGCGAAAAUGAGGGAGAAAUAGGCACAUUCAUUGCUUAUUGA